GCUCACCGAAUAACAGAUUAAAUCAGGCUUGGGGUUGACGAUAGUUAAACUUUGAAGAUAAUAUGAGCGAUGAGCAGAUUCAAUGAAGAUUUAAAACUCUUGGCCUGCAAAAGGUGGAAGGGCACCAUGGCGAGGAUAGUGGGUGGGCUUGGCUAAGUUUUUGACCAUUUCCCCAACAAAGGGAUCCUGAAAACAACUACAGGGGAGGUUGAAACAGCUAGGCAAAGCAAAGAGAGGCCACAGACUAAGGGCGGAGGAUAGCUCUGAGGGAGUGACAGCAGCUCAUCUUUAGAGUUCUUCCUUAUCUAUCCAUUAUCUAUCAAUUAGCCAAGCUUCGUUUCUUCUUCCCCCGUCGCCGCCACUCACCUUCACGCCGGUAGCUGCAACUCCAUCCGCCGCAGAAGCUGGAUUCAUAUGUCGCGUACGUCACCUGAGUUUAGUUCUGGUUUGGAAGAGUUUAUUCGUUUCGCAGAGAAACAUUCAAAAGAAGGAAAAAAGCUAUAUUGUCCUUGUAACUCAUGUCACAACCAUUUUAUGGUUGAUAGCGUUAAAGAUAUAAGAUUAUAUGUGUAUCGCAAGGGUUUUGACCCAAGAUACCUGCGAUGGAAAUGGCAUGGAGAGUUAGAAAAUCCUUGCAGCUCUAGUUAUACUCACAAUGAACAAGUCGAGGAUGAUAUUCACGACAUCCACAAUCUUGAGAUUGAAAUGGAAAAUGAGUUAGGGGCCACUCAAGAUGUUCUUCCUGAUCAAGUCGUCAUUGAUGAAGAGCGUAAUAUCGUUAAAGAUAUAAGAUUAUAUGUGUAUCGCAAGGGUUUUGACCCAAGAUACCUGCGAUGGAAAUGGCAUGGAGAGUUAGAAAAUCCUUGUAGUUCUAGUUAUACUCACAAUGAACAAGUCGAGGAUGAUAUUCACGACAUCCACAAUCUUGAGAUUGAAAUGGAAAAUGAGUUAGGGGCCACUCAAGAUGUUCUUCCUGAUCAAGUCGUCAUUGGUGAAGAGCGUAAUAUCGUUAAAGAUAUAAGAUUAUAUGUGUAUCGCAAGGGUUUUGACCCAAGAUACCUGCGAUGGAAAUGGCAUGGAGAGUUAGAAAAUCCUUGCAGCUCUAGUCAUACUCACAAUGAACAAGUCGAGGAUGAUAUUCACGACAUCCACAAUCUUGAGAUUGAAAUGGAAAAGGAGUUAGGGGCCACUCAAGAUGUUCUUCCUUAUCAAGUCGUCAUUGAUGAAGAGCGUAAUAU